AUCUUCUGAUUUUCUCGUCAAGAACUUCUGGAUCGCGAGUAUCGAAUAUUCUCUGAGCAUCCUUUUUCUCCUGGUUCAGAAUAAUUCUUCAGCAUCUCCUUUCUUUUCAAGUUUUGAUUUGUGCUGAGCAACUGAUUCGGUUCUGUGAAAGAUCGGAGGAGAAACCCUCGUGUACUCGCUAUGUCUUCCUCCGGAAUCUCUAUCCAGAGCGCCGAAUUGUCAGAUGCCGUUCAAGAACUAGUUCUUUGCGACCAGAGCCAUAUAGAUCGGAGGGUUAUGACUUCUUCCGGAAUCUCUAUCCAGAGCGUUUCAGAUGCCGUUCAAGAACAGUUGGAAAUGGGAAAGAAGGUAGAGAUUCAAGUAACGGGGCAUGGGAGUCACGAUGGGGCUUGUGCAAUUUGCUUAAAUAAGAUAGCACUUCAAGAAACUGCUUUAGUGAGAGGCUGCGAGCACGCCUAUUGUGCGACUUGCAUCCUUCGAUGGGCCUCAUACACGCAAAAACCAACUUGUCCACAAUGUAAACAUCCAUUUGAGUUCCUGAUUGUUCAUCGUUCUCUUGAUGGGAGCAUCCACGACUACAUGUUUGAGGAGAGUGUAUGUUUGCUUUUGAGAGCUUCAUGGUAUAAACCUCAAAUCGUUGAAGAACGGGAGGAAACCUAUGAUGAUCCUGAGGAUGAUCGGUACUAUCCUUAUGAGGAUGACGAUGAAGAGUUGGAGGAUGCUUACCUGGGUGUAUCACCAAAUCUCCGAAUCGGAAAUCGAAGGUGGGGAUUCAAUGGUUACGUGAGAGCAGGUAGACAAGAAGCCCGACCAGUUCUUAGGCCACAGUUGGCUGAACCUAGUUCAUCGAGGGAGCCCACUUCCAAAGAUAAAACAGGCCGACGAGCGAAAAGGGCCUUGAAACGAGAAGCUGCAGAUAAAGCAGCAGCAGCUAAGCAUCAAGAACAUCUAGCUAGGUUUGGCCGGAAGUGAUUUUAUAUUUAAAGCUUCUGUAUAGAAUAAGCUCUACUCAUUUCUCUGUGUACAGGUCUUUGAUUCAAUUUACUUUUCUAGUUAAUGUGCCUUAUUAGAGGUUGGUAGCUCCCAAUUAAAACUAACUAAGAAUGGGGAUCAUAAAUACUUACAAGGUGUAAAUGAUGCCAUCGAAUUCAUUGUAUAAACAAUUUGAUCUUAGAAUCAAUCAUAAAAGUAUUGUUAGCCGUUAGUACCUAGUUUCAUGUAUUAAAAAAUUUAACUCUAGACUCAAAGUCAAUUAAUAGUUCACUAAACUAGCUGAUGAACAUGUUAUGUGUUAUUGUAGCUACCUGUUGAACAUCUAAUAAAAUUUGUCUUUUCAGGUGGGCACCUGGUCAAGUUAGGGAUUUUGCUCGGACCUAACUCUUUUUUCUUUUCUUUUCUUUUUUUUCUUUUAAGUUUAUUUUAAAGUUUGCUAAUGCUAAUGUUUAAAAAUUGUGCAAUCAAUAGGAGAGUGCAAAAGUUGAUAUGUAGAGAAGGGAAGGGAGCUGGAAAUAGGGAAAAAAGAAAAAAGAAAAAAGGAGGGUGCUUGCUCUUGAAGGGCCAGCAUUGCAACUGUAAGUAGG